AUGUCGGGUCAUGCCGGCGGGCCGGCACCGAAGAAGAUGAAGCAAGUUCUUCUGGGCCAAUGGCUGCAGCAGUCCGAUGGGUCGAAGCCGGCGGCCGUCAACGGCAGCGCGGCUCCCUCGCCGGCCAGGAGUCCGUAUGGGAGCGCAGGCUAUGGGAGCGGAGGCGGAGGCGGCGGCGGCGGCGGCGGCGGCGGGGGGGGGGAUGCGUGGGCCAAGUAUCAGGCUCCUCGUGGGGGCCACCGCUCGGGUUCCUCCACACAGGACCAGAGGUCAGCACACAGCAACUACAGCAUCACCAGCGGCUCGUCCUACAGCAAAGGCGUCGAACGUGCAGCAGCCAAUCACAGACAUUCCUCAGCAAGACGAGGGCAGGCUUUUGACUCCGGCGGGGGGGGAUCCGCCAUUGACCUUGCCGCCGACGACAAUGGCGACGUUGGGAAGGGUGUAGAGGCGGGAACGGCAGGAGGGGAAGCGGAGGCAAUACCCUACCCGGCCGGGCUGGGGGACAUACUGGGUGAGUACCGACUGCGGUGGCUAUCCUUUGGGUGUCGUUGCUCUGCUGGUGGUGCCUGCCCGUGCUUUUUUCGUCCUGAUGGCGAGGGUCUCUGCGAGGAGCAAAGGCACGUGAUCGACCUCGUGCUUGAGGGGAAGUCGGUGUUCUUCACGGGGGCGGCGGGGACAGGCAAGAGCUUCCUGCUCAAGAAGCUUCACCAGGCGUUAAGGCAGGCUGAUCAAGGAGCGACGACGUUUAUGACGGGGACCACAGGCAAAGCGGCCGUGGGUAUAGGAGGGUGCACCAUCCACAGCUUCGCAGGAAUCGGCCUAGGCAAAGAUUCCGUGGAGCAGCUGGUGGGUCGAGUGAAGCGGAGCCGGAACGCGCAGAAGCGGUGGGCGCAAUGCAAGGUUCUGGUGAUCGACGAGAUCUCCAUGAUGGAGGCCGACCUCUUCGACAAGCUCAACCUUGUCGGGCAGAGGGUGAAGGGAAACGGCCAGCCGUUCGGAGGCAUUCAGCUCGUGCUGUGUGGGGACUUUUUCCAGCUGCCUCCUGUCGGGAUUGGCCGCGGAAGCACUCGCUUCUGCUUCGAAGCCAGGACUUGGGACACCUCGAUUGACCAGUCGAUCGUGCUCAAGCAGGUUUUCAGGCAGAAGGAUCCGUUCUUCCUGAAGAUCCUACACGAGAUGAGGGAAGGCCGGGUCAGCUCCGAGGCCGAGCAAGUUCUCGCCAACAAGUCGGGCAGCGGGGGAGGGGAAGUUUUGUCGACGGCCCUUCCCUCCGCAGCGGCCGCGGGCCCGCGGGACAGACGUGGGUAUGACGGGGGUGGCCCCCCGGCGGAGCCCUCUGCGGUUGCACCGCCUCCGCCGCCACCCCCGUCAUACACCCGUCUGUUCAGCAGGAACGAGGACGUCGAUCGGCUCAACGUGGAGGAACUCCAGAAGCUCCAAGGACGAGCCGAGUUCUACGAGGCGGAGGACAAUGGGGACCAGAUGUACCUCACCCAGCUCCAGAAGCACUGCGCUGCGGGACAGACGAUCGAGCUGAAGGUCGGGGCGAAGGUGUUGCUCCUGAAGAACCUGGACUCGUCCAGCCAGCUCGUCAACGGGGCGACGGGAGUCGUGAAGGAGUUCGUAGAGGCGUCCGGACGGAGGCUGCCCAUGGUGGAGUUCGACACGAUUGAAGGGGGCGGCAAGGUGGUAAGCGUCAUCAGCGAGGAGGAGUGGACCGUCAGCCUAGGCGACAGGGAGAUGGCGCGCCGAGUCCAGCUGCCACUUCGGCUUGCUUGGGCGUUGUCCGUGCACAAAUCACAGGGUAUGACUAUUGCCCACGUGAUGGUAUCCACUCGGGGCAUGUUCGAGUUCGGCCAGGCGUACGUAGCGCUAUCGCGGGCGACCACCCUGGAUGGGCUCCACCUUGUGGAGUUCCAAAAAGGCGUCGUUAAGGCGCACGAGAGCGUGAAGAAGUUCUACGCCGGUCUUGAGAGGAGAGCUGCCCACGGGGGCUCGAGCAGCGGUGUCACAGCGGCUCCGCGCCAGGGAAAGGCGGUGCCCAAGCCAGGAGAGUGGAUCUCUCGCUCUUCUUCAACUGCGACAGCAGCCUCACGUUCGUCGACAGCGGCAUCUCGUUCGUCGACAGCAGCCUCUUCGGCAUGGACAGGGACAUCGGCCUCUCGUUCGGCGACAACGGCUUCUUCGACGUCAACAGCAGCCUCUUCGACUUCGACAGCGGCCUCUCGGCAGUACGCCUCGACCACGGUUGGCGGCGCGUCGCCCUCUGGGCGGGGCCCCGCGGCUGCUAUCGGAGGGCACACACCCGGAGGCGGCGGUGGUCGCGGAGCGGCGACGGGAAUGUCGCCCGCAGCGCGGGCGCGAAUGGAAGAGAGCAGGAGGCGCGCACUGGAAAAGCUGGCCGCAAAGAAGCGGGCGAAGGCUCUCGAGACUGCCUCUUGCGCGGAAGAUGCUUGGGUUAUAGAGUAA